AUGAAGGACGACGCCGAGCGAAACGACCCGGCCGGCGCCGCUGCAGCCGGCAAUGGCAUCGUCGACACCACGACUAACACCGUCACCGAGAUUGACCACCCCGAUGCGCCGCUCGAGACGCCGGCCGCAGUGACGACGCCGGCCGCCGCACCCGCGCCGCUCGAGGUCGUCGACGACAACAGCAGCGGCGACGGCAACGCGCCCACGCCGCGCUUCAUCCAGGACGAGCGCUCGUCCAAGCGCUGGCGCAGGAUCCCGUAUCCCGUCCGCCGCGUGCUGCUGGCCGUUGCCAAAUGGUCUCACGGACCGCCCAACCCGCAGCCGUACCGCAUCAGGCCGCUGUUCCCGGCCGUCCAGGAGUAUCCGCUGCGGCUCGUCGACCGCUUCCUGCCCAAGGCCUACCGCACCUGGGCGCUGUUCCUCUACUUCUCGCUGUGGCUCGUCACCUUUGUGCUGGUCAAGCGGCAGGAGACGAUCGAGUCGACCGUCGAGGGCUGGGGCCAGUCGCAGCCCAUCAGCUGCGGCGACACCUACUGGAGCGCCGGCAACGGCUGCGGGCUCGACGGCAACGACUGCAGGCCCUUCAACGGCAGCGGCUUCGCCUUCCAGUGCCCGGCCUCGUGCGAGAGCUACCACGUGCUGAACCCGCGCGCCGUGGGCGACCAGGAGGUCAUCUACCGGCCGCUCGUCGUCGGCGGCCCCUCGAGCGACGUCGACCCCGAGCUGGCCACGUACCGCGGCGACUCGUACAUCUGCGCCUCGGCCAUCCACGCGGGCCUCUUCCCCAACGAAAAGGGCGGCUGCGGCGUCGUCGAGCUCGUCGGGCAGCAGCAGGAGUUUGUCGCCUCCCAGCGGCACGGCAUCACCAGCGUCGGCUUCGACUCGUACUUCCCGCUGUCGUUCCGCUUCGUGCCCGACAUCAAGUGCCGGGCCAAGGACGAGCGGUGGUCCAUCCUGGCCCUGUCCACCGUCUUCACCGGCGUGCUGUCGCUCUGCACCGCCUCGCCCGCCCUCUUCUUCUUCCCGACCUUUGUCGGCAUGUUCUGGGCCGUCGGCAUGUCGCUCGACCAGCCGGGCCACUCGACCGUCACGGACCUCUUCUCCAACAUCCUGGGCAAGUUCGUGCCGGCCAUGUUCUGCGCCUGGGUCAUGUAUGACAAGAUGGGCGUCCGCCGCACGCUCAACCACCUGACGGCCCAGAUCGAGAAGACGGUGCUCUGGCUGGGCGCCUGCUGGGUCGGCGCCCUCACCAACUACACGCUGGACUUUAUCCCCAUCCAGCGCCUCAACAAGCACGAUCUCGAUCAGCAGCCCGGCGCCAGGGCCGCCCUGGCCACCAUUGUCAUCAUCUUGUUCUUCAUCUGCCUGUCGCAGGUCUUCUUCUUCAGGCAGGAGGGGCGCUUCAUCAAGUACAUCAAGCUGUACGCGCUCUUCAUCUUCUGCAUCGUCAUCUCCCUGACGCUGCCGGGGCUCCAGCUGCGCAUCCACCACUACGUCCUGGCGCUCCUGCUGCUGCCGGGCACGAGCCUGCAGACCCGACCGUCGCUGCUCUACCAGGGCCUCCUGGUCGGCCUGUUCAUCAACGGCAUCGCCCGCUGGGGCUUCGACCCCGUGCUGGAGACGCCCGCCGCGCUCCAGGGCGACGCGCAAAAGGGCACGCUCCUCCCGACCAUCCCGCCGCCCGUCAUCCACCUCGGGGAGGGCCCGCACAGCUCCUCCAACAUUACCUUUACGUGGAACCAGCCGUCGAGCAACGUCUACGACGGCAUCAGCAUCCUCGUCAACGACGUGGAGCGCUUCCGGGGGUACUUUGACGACAUCAUCGACCGGCAGGACAGCUUCGUCUGGUCCAGGAACGCCACCCUGGGGCUGCCCGAGUACUUUCGAUUUGCCUACAUGCUGGGAAGCUCGAGCGGGGACUACACCAAGGCGGGCAUCUGGUCGGCGGACGGCGAGUGGACCAAGAUGAAGCCCGGGCCGUCGAGAGUCAAGGGGAGGAGGGAUGUGGAAGAUUAUGUAGUGGUUCGGCGAUGA